AUGGCUGAGGAAAGUGCCGUGCUGGUUUCACUCGUGGAGGAAUUUGUCUCGGGAUUGCAGGACAGCAAAGCCAAAGACACAGCCUCAGGUGUAAAAAGUGGAGAAUUUACUGUUCUGCAGUUGGUGGAAGCAUUGGGAUUGAGUUUGACCAGCACUCAGCCUCACACUCGGGCCAGAGGUGUCAAACUUCUUUCUGAGGUGCUAGGGGAGUGCUAUGGAGACCUCACAGAGAAAGAAGUGGAAGUACUCGUAGCGUUCUACGAGAACCGGCUGAAAGACCAUUAUGUUACCACACCACCCGUUUUACAGGGUCUCGGAAUACUGACAAAAUGCCCAUUGUUGCCUCCUGGUGCAGCUAUUUCAAUAUUGAAGUCUGUGUUUCAGGAUGUUCAUGUUCAGUCACUGCUGCUGGCUGACCGAGCUUCUGUCUAUAAAAUGCUCAUCAAUGUGAUGGACACAAGAGAGGCUGAAUUGAAGGAUUUGGGGGCAGAUUUUGUGUUUGGUUUUGUUCAGUCAAUGGACGGCGAGAGGGACCCUCGCAAUCUACUCUUAGCCUUCCAGAUUGCCAAGAAGAUCAUCCACAGAGGUUACAAUCUAGGUAAAUUUGCAGAGGAGCUUUUUGAGGUGACGUCCUGCUAUUUCCCCAUUGAUUUCACUCCUCCCCCCAAUGACCCACAUGGUAUCACCAGAGACGAACUGAUUCAAGAACUGAGGCAAGUCCUCACGGGGACGCCGAAAUUUGCAGAGUUUCUUUUGCCCCUCAUCAUUGAGAAGCUUGACUCGGAUGUUCAGAGUGCAAAGCUGGACUCUCUUCAGACCCUGGCUGCUGGUGUGGCACUGUAUGAACACAAGGACUUGGCAGAAUUCCUUGAGGGAAUAUGGGCAUCACUUCGCAGAGAGGUGUUUCAAACAUCAAGUGAAAAAAUCGAAUCGGCGGGCCUUGCUGCUCUUACAGCCAUCUCCACUUGUCUUUCUCGCUCAAUUCUAAACUCGCAUUCUGAAGACGCCCUAAGCACUUUCCUGGAUAUGGUUAUCAGAGACUGCAAGCAUCACCUGUGUGAGCCAGACCUGAAGUUAGUGUGGCCCAGUGCCAAGCUACUCCAGGCUGCCUGCCGUGCCUCCAACAGGGCGAGUCACAUCAUAACAGCAGCAGUCAUGCCCACACUCAUCGAGCAAUACAAUAGCAGAAAUCAGUGUUCCCAUAGACGCACAUUAUUAGAGGUAAUGCAGAAGUUUAUUCAGUCUGUGAAAAGCAACAAAUCAUCAGAAAAAGAGGAGCAAGUGCUGUCAGGUAUCUGUCAGUCGUUGUGCUGCGUCGCCUUUGCAGCUCUGUCGGAGACAAACAGCAGUCUACAGGUCACGGCAACGUCUGUGCUCCUUUCACUAGUACGACAAACAGGUUUGUUAUCAAAUUCACAAAUUGAGCUUGCUGUCGAUCAUUUGGCGCAACUGGUGCUGACUGAAGAAGAUGACACAGUCAGCCUGGCUGUGGUCGCGUGCGCUGAAGGCUUGGCAGAACUGCACCCCGCUGUUUUCAUCACCAAUAUGAUUCCGAGGAUAAAGAAAGUGAUCUUUUCAGAUUCCUUGCAACAUAAACAACCUGCAGUGCGGCAGCGGUGUUUGUCCGUGCUUGCGGCGGUGUCCACAAAAUCUAGUGUUGCUCAAGAGACCACACCUGUCCUCUUGGAAGUCCUCGUAGCAGCACAUUCUGGAGAAGUUGGUUUCUCAUUAGAGGAGGCCGUGUUGGCGUGCCGCAGCCUAAAAAGAAUAGCCGAGCGGGUUGAAGAUAACGAAGACUCUGGACGAUGCUUCCACGAGACCAUAAUCCCGCAGCUUCUGUCACUAGCACUGCAGGCAGCACUUUUGGGUAAUUCAUCUGCUCAUCACAGCCCUCUGGGGGAUGAAGCUGUUCUAUCUACCAUGGUCGCUGUCAUCAGUACAGCGUGCUGCAGACUACAACCUUUACUGGCGGCCCAGACAGCUGUGAGAUUAGUGUCGCUCUUCCUGGAUGGAGACGUCUCCUUUUUGCCCGGAAACUCCCUCCCUUCUCAUAUCAACCUGCUUGCAAAUCAGGGAGACUCAUGGAGGCAGUCUCAGAUGGUUUGUUUGCUGAUGGGAUGUGUGUGUUCAUUACCUCGCACUGUUGAGGUGCCCCAAAUUGAGCGUCUGCUGUCAGGGCUGGAAGAGAUGAGUUGCACCUCCAGCCACCCGAUUUCAUAUACUUCCGCUGCCAAAUGCUUUGCUGGCUUGGUCAACAAGAUGCCUCAUGGUGACACUCUAGAUGGUCUACUUCAAAAGACAAUGAGCAGAAUCUUGAACGAGUUGAACUCUGAAGCUUCAAAAGUUCUAACUCAGGCGUACACCCUCAUGAUAUGGGUUACCAAGGCUUUGCUUCUGCGUUACCACCCGGCAUUCACAACACUGACUGACAAGCUAUUCUCACUCCUCGACGAUGCCCAACUUGGUCCUGUGGUGGCUGAAGGCUUCUCACUGCUCAUGUGCGACUCUGCUGACGUCCUAAACCGCAGUUGCCACGCAGACGUGCGCAUCAUGUACCGCCAACGCUUCUUUAGCGAGAAUUCGGCCAAGUUGGUGCAAGGUUUCAACGCAGCUCCUCAAGAGAAGAAACCGAACUACUUGAAGGCUCUGUCCAACAUAGUCAACAAACUACCAAAACAGGUUCAAGUUACUGAACUACCAGCGCUGCUGUCACUCCUGCUCGAGGCCUUGACGUAUCCCGACCAAGGCGUCCAGCUGUCCACUCUGUCUUGUCUGGAGCCCGUCAUCGCUGACCCGCCACCGGCACUCAUCCAACAGCUGGAGGCUUUGGUCAGCAGGCUGCUGCUCCUCAUAUCUAGUCCCACCAUGAACGUGAAGAUCGCAACCCUGCGUUGUAUCCAUGCCCUUUCCCGAUUCCCUGAACAUGAGGUGUUGCCAUUUCGGGCCCGAGUGCUACGAGCCUUGGCCAAACCUCUGGAUGACAAAAAGAGGCUGGUUAGAAAGGAGGCGGUUCAGGCACGAGGAGAGUGGUUCCUCUUAGGAAGUCCUGGAGGAAGGUGA